AUGGCAGUCAAAAUCAAAGUUGAAUUUUUAGGAGGCUUGGACAUAAUAUCGAAUUCUGUAAGAGAACACAAGUGUGUUAUACCAUUUGAGGAAGGUGAAGCUACAGUUGCUGAUUUGAUAACUUACAUCACCAAGAAUAUAAUAUCGGACCCCAAGGAUAUUCCUGUAUUUAUAGAAGACGGAACAGUGAGACCAGGGAUUUUGGUUUUGAUUAAUGACACUGAUUGGGAAUUAGAAGGAAUGGAGGAAUAUGUAAUUGAAAGUGGAGAUGUAUUUACUUUUACUAGUACAUUGCAUGGAGGUUAA